AUAUUGCACGAGAAAAAAUCACGAAGAAAAAAACGGUUAAGUUUCCGGUCGCGCAGCCGCUCUCCGCUGUGACACGCAUUUCUUAUCCAAAUCUUAGAAAUCAUGAACACUCUAAUUCCCACAUCUCGAUGCAAUUUCUGCAAUAUACAAAUCUUCAAUUCCUACGCCAUUUUCCCCAAAAACCUCUCCGCCAUCAGAAGAACCCACAGCUUACGCGCCAAUUCCAACGACUUGCAAACCCAGGCAGUGGAGGGACCCAAGGAAGAAGAAGAAGAGCAACAUGGGGCGGCUGCCGAACCCCAGCCGCAAAGCAUGGCAUCCACCGCUCCCGCACUCGAUAAAGACCUCAAGAAGGUUGUUCAAAAGACUGCUGCAACAUUUGCACCAAGGGCCUCCACUGCUUCAAAAAAUCCUGCUGUACCUGGGACUACUUUAUAUACUGUUUUUGAGGUUCAAGGCUAUGCCUCAAUGUUGUUAGGUGGAGUGCUAUCUUUCAAUCUCAUAUUCCCGUCGGAUGAACCCGAUAUAUGGCGAUUAAUGGGAAUGUGGUCGAUAUGGAUGUUCACAAUACCUUCGCUCCGGGCACGAGACUGCUCGAAAAAUGAGAAAGAAGCUCUCAACUAUCUAUUUCUCCUCAUCCCAUUACUCAACGUUACAAUUCCAUUUUUCUGGAAGUCUUUUGCAGCCGUGUGGUCAGCCGAUACCGUAGCCUUUUUCGGAAUGUAUGCUUGGAAGAUGGGAUGGUUACAGAGAACAGAUUAAAAUUUUCUGAGUAUUGGAUUCAUGGCUGCUUUCUGAUCGGAAUCGAAUCCCUGUAAAGCAUGAUAAUGUAUAGAAAUCACGGUAGUUCUUCAAGAUCCUGCUGCAGGUACUUUCUCUGAAUUUGAAGGUAAAGUAUUGGUGAUGGCCUGCAUUUGGCAUUUGUGCUAUAGUUUCAUCACACGCUAGAACUGGUUUAUUGGCUCCCCUGUGUCUUUGUGAGGGGACUUUAGAUAUAUAUAAUAUAUAUUCUUCUAACGGUUCUUCAGUCACAUCAUCCUUCGUCGUCGAAUUAUUUCGAAUUCAGUGUUGGAGAGUUCACAUAGAUUUGACGCUCAAGUUCAGGAGCUUCUUUCUGAAUCUAGAAAAUAAUAAUCAAAUCAAAAGAAUCAGCUAGUCGAGAACAAGAAGUCACGGACUGAAAAUAUUUUGAACAUUUUCUGCCGCA